CCGGGCCAAGCGAAACAAUUCCCACGAAUGUCAAGGCCGACGAAGCGAAAAUGCUCGCAAAUUGACCUCCGUCUGGCGCAGUCUUGCCUGGUGGCGUCUCACGAGCUGGCAGCCGGCCCGCAGGCGUAUCGCGCUCGCAGUGGGGUGGGCCCGCACAAUGCACAUCUCGAUACGCCAGCAGCUUGCAGCGCUCCUUGUGCUGUCGUCCGUACUUGGUCUCGCAAUUCUCGCCAUUGCAACAUGGGUGGUGAACCACUCUUUCGUACUGGGUGUUGCAUCCUCGCGACUGCGCACCUCUGUGUCCCUCAAGGCUGCUCAGAUCGCAUUUAACCUGGAGCUGAUGCAAACUGCUGGCACUUUCAUCACCACCAGAGCUGUGCUUCAGCAUGCGCUGUCUCGGUACAAUAAUGGAUCGAGUACAGACGAAGAAAACUGGACCCUGGCGAAAGCGGAUCUCGAAGCAACGUUGGGAAACGUUGGUCCGCUGACGAGUGCCUUGAUAUUACAAGCUGGAGUCUACUCGAGAAAUACCAGCGGGCCAGCAGGUUCAGGAAUGGUACUGAAUGGCACGGGUAUUGGAGCCAAUACCAUUGCACUACCCUGGAGGGACGCCGAUGGCAGUCAAGCAUAUCUCGGGAAGGGCUAUGCCGGCUACCCACCAGCACUUUAUCCAAACAUCACCAUCUCAACUGUCGAUGUUGAUGGAGUUACCGAGUUCACUGCAGAGUACAGCCAAAAGUCUCUCGGCAUUGACUCUACUCUCAUCCUCGGCCCGCUGAUGGUCAACGCCACAUUCUCUAUGCUAUCCAUUACCCUACCAAUUGUCAACAACACGUCGGCCACGGAUGUGCUUGGCUGGGUUACUGUAGUGACUGAUGCCCGCCUCAUUCAGGUGGUCCAGCAAGACCAGCGCGGCAUCGGGUCGACUGGCUUGACCCUUUUGAUCGGGCCUACGAAUACCACGAAUCAAUUUGCUCCUGGUAUAAUAGGAAACGACUCGGCUGCUCAUGAUGUCGAAGUUCAGUACAUCAUCCCUCUCAACAGCACUGCUGCCAACCGUCACCCUCGGCAUGUAAGAGGGACAUCAAAUGCGCCCUUUCCUGCGAGAGCCUACCCUGGGGUCGAAGCCGCAAUUGUGGAGAAUACACGUGGGGUGGAUGAUGUUGGCAGUAUGAUGAAGACUCACAAUGAAGCAGAUAAGAGAGUCUCUGUCGGCUAUUCUGUACCUCCUACGAAUCUCGUUGAUUGGGUUGUAGUGGUUGAGCAAGCCCGGAGUGAGGUGUGGAAACCCAUCGACACCCUGCGCACGAUUAUCUUGUCUUGUCUAUUUGGCGUCGUUGGCUUCUGGAUUCUUCUCUCUUUCCCAAUAGCGUACUGGGCAGUGCUACCCAUCACUCGUCUGCGUGCAGCUACGGAGCAGACUGUCAACCCUCCUCGUUGUGAUAACAAUAGCCCAGGCUAUUCCGACGACGUAACGAUACUGAACAGUUGCGAGAAAUCGACAUCAUCAGCCAAGUCUGACCGCAAGACUUCUGACCGCAAGACGCCUGUCGGCUUUGUUGAGAGGAUCGCGCGAUGGCGAGGCCAACGCCGCGGCGGCUUACGCAUCGAGGAGCGAGAAUGCGACAGUUUCCGCAUUCCAGGGAAAGUGUCUGUGAAGAAACCGUGGAUUAAAGACGAAAUGACUGAUCUGAUUCAUACAUUCAACGAAAUGUCCGACGAGCUCUAUGUCCAGUACACGAGACUUGAGGAGAGAGUGCGUCAGCGGACCAUCGAGCUGGAGCAUAGCAAAAAGGCAGCUGAAGCGGCAAACGAGAGCAAGACGAUAUUUGUUGCCAAUGUCAGUCACGAACUGAAGACACCUCUUAAUGGAAUUCUCGGAAUGUGCGCCGUCUGCAUGGAGGAAGAAGAUCCUUCCCGACUGAAACAGUCGCUAGCCAUCAUUUACAAGAGCGGCGACCUACUGCUACGAACUCUUUCCGAUCUUCUUACGUUCAGCACAAACCAGGUCGGACAUCAAGUUCUUAAACUUGACGAAAAGGAGUUCUUCUUGCGCGACCUUGAAUCUCAAGUAUUCGCAAUCUUCCUCGAACAAGCUAAAGAUCGUGCCAUUCAACUCGGCGUGGUCUUUGAAGAGCCGCCAGCAGUAAUGGUGGAUCUCAAGGACAACAAUCUUCGAAAUACCCCUUUCUGGGGGGAUAUCCAUCGACUGUUACAAGUGGUCAUCAAUCUGACUUCCAACGCGCUUAAAUUUACGCCCGCAAUGGGCAGCGUUACGGUCACAAUCAGAGCGUUGACCGAACUACCGCCAAGACGUACCUCUCGCGCCAGUCGACUUGACCGGGCGGGCUCUGAGCAAAAUCGGCGCCAUACCCAGGUGAUGGAAGAUGGAAGCGAAGCAGGGACUGCCAAUUUCAUCAACCCACGGGAGACAUCUCAAGUGCAAGACCGUCUCGCUGAGCGAGCAAGAUCACCUCCACCUGGGGAAGAGAUAUUCAUCGAAUUUGAGGUGACCGAUACUGGUCCUGGCAUUGCUGAGGAAUUGCAACAGCAGAUUUUCGAGCCCUUUGUCCAAGGCGAUGCUGGAUUGAGCAGGAAACACAGCGGCACUGGGCUUGGUCUGAGCAUAUGCACCCAGCUGGUGCAUCUGAUGCGCGGUAGCAUUAAGCUGAAGAGCACCGUCGGGCAGGGCAGUAUAUUCACUGUGAAGCUACCACUACGACGCCUCACGCAAGAGAGCGAUCGGAUGUCCAGGGACGUCACAGCUUCGCAAAGAUCUUCCAUUGCCAUCAUUCGUGAGGAACCCCAGAGAUCUGUGAAUGUCUCUGUCAAAAGUCCUGGCCAAGCUCUCAUCACGGACCAGACGCAGCAUGAGAUUUCUACUGUGACUGUGCACAAGCCACUUCCGUCUGUGGUCUCCGUUACAGGUGAUGAUCCAUCGGCACGGGUUGCUGCGAUCAAAAAAGCAGCCAAAGACACAAAGAUCGCGAAAGAGGCACGACAAGACUUUGGCGCCAUCCGGGUUCUUGUGGCAGAGGACAACAAAGUGAAUCAGGAAGUCAUCCGGCGGAUGUUGAAGCUGGAGAACAUUCUUGAUGUGACAAUAGCCGAGAAUGGCGAGCAAGCAUUAAACCUUGUGAAACGCACUUCUUUGCCGGAAUCAGGAACGUCCACCCCUCCAUUUGAUCUCAUCUUCAUGGACAUCCAAAUGCCCACGAUGGAUGGUCUCACCUCGGCAAAGCUCAUCAGGCAACACGGCUUCACCAAGCCUAUUGUGGCGCUGACCGCUUUCGCCGAGCAGAGCAACGUCGAAGACUGUUUAGAGAGCGGCAUGGAUUAUUUUCUCGCGAAACCUAUCAAGAGACCGCAGUUGAAGAAGGUUUUGUCGGAAUAUUGCACUCCUAGCCCUGAGCCUUUGGAUAAGACGAAGAGUGCGCCGGCCUUAUCGUCAACCACCGACCAGACGAAUGGAGAUGCGGCACAGCAUAAUAAUAAUGAAGAAUCCAGGCCGGUCGAGCCUUCGUAAUGUGGAAAGUCAUCAUGAGAUCUGCGCAUGGUUGUUGUAUUGAAUGCUAUUUUGCCGUCUUUUUAGCGAAGGAGUUUCGGUGUUCAAAAGACCCUCGGGAAAGGAAAGAGUUGUCGUUGGCAAGGUCAUAUGGUGGGUGCAGGGUAUAUAGGUACAACAGGACCAAAGAUUUGUCCUUGAUUUGUGGGAACAUAGGGCUUUGAUUUCUUGGGGCUGCGCUAGAUAUAUCCAGGGCAGAUGUUGUAUUAUAUCUUAAUUGUCUUG